AUGGCGGCCGGAACAGACCUGGACAAGAUCGAAGCGGGGCGUACAGUUUUACGCAAUGAUGAUCAACCACAUGAUAUCCUGAAAGGAGACAUGGACAACGUUCCUGAGAACUUCUCCGAGAUCCAAGAGAUGAAGCAAGGUCUCCAUACUCGCCAUGUCUCCAUGAUCGCGCUCUGUGGUGCAAUCGGCACUGGUCUCUUCCUCGCAUCUGGCCGGACUCUCGCAAAGUCAGGUCCCCUUGGUGCUCUUCUCGCCUAUCUCAUCGUAGGCAUAGCAGGCUGCUGCGUCACCCUCGAUGUCGGGGAGAUGGGUGCCCUGGUCCCUUUGAGCGGUGGGAUCGUCCGGUAUUCCGAGAUCUUUGUCGAGCCGGCUCUUUCCUUUGCCAAUGGCUGGAAUCUGGUGCUCAAGGGACUUAUCGUCAUACCAGCCGAGAUCACGGCCACUGCAGUGUUGAUGAAGUUCUGGCUGGACAUUAGUAGUGCUGCUUGGAUUACCCUGUUCGGGGGUCUGACUAUAAUUACUUCGUCCCUCCUCGUGCGAGUCUACGGCGAGCUUGAGUUCGUUUUUGGUUUGCUCAAAAUUCUUUUGAUUCUUGUUAUCGAUAUCAUGGCUAUUGUCAUCACGUCCGGUGGCGGACCGGAUGGCCAGGUAAUCGGAUUCAAGUACUGGGGGAGUCCAGGUCCAUUUGUUCAAUACCUUGGGGUCCAGGGGAGCCUAGGCCAAUUUCUCGGAUUCUGGAGCGCUUGUUCCACGGUUAUCUUUGCCUACUCCGGCAUCGAGACAAUCUCUCUCACGGCGGCCGAGACUAGGAACCCACGUGUGGCUAUUCCCCGGGCAGCAAAGAGGGUCUUCUGGAGAGUUCUGAUCUUUUAUGUCAUUACCAUCUUUAUGGUUGGCAUGAUUGUCCCUUCAGACAACCCCCAGUUGUUGGGUAAGAAGACGACGGCCUCAUCGCCGUUUGUCAUCGCCGCUACCCUGGCUGGGAUCGGAGGCAUCCCUCAUUUCAUCAAUGCGAUCGUUAUCACUUCAGCCUGGUCUAGCGGCAACUCCAUGAUGCUGCAUUACACGCGCUAUCUGUACGGUAUGGCAAAGAAGGGCCACGCCCCCCGCCUUUUUACACGACUCAAUAGAUUCAGAGUUCCCUGGAUCAAUACUCUGUUCUUUGGCUCCUUCAUAGGGCUGGCAUACAUGUCUACCUCGGCGGGUGCCGCUACCAUCUUUACUUGGCUCCAGGACCUCGCUUCUGUGGCUAUUACGAUUAACUGGAUUGUGAUUCUAAUCACAUACUUGCGAUUCUACUACGGUUGUAAGGCGCAGGGUAUCAAUCGCCACGAAGAAUUGCCUUACGCCUCGCCUUUCCAACCAUACUUCUCCUGGGCUGCUCUGACCUUCUUUUCCCUCUUAUUGCUUACUGGAGGCUUCUCUACCUUCAUGACCGAUAAUUGGGAUACCCAUACAUUUGUUUCAUCUUAUGUUAAUAUACCCAUCAUCAUUAUUAUCUAUACUGGAUACAAGGUUCUGGGAUCCUCAAAGAUCAUUCCGUUGGCAGAGAUACCCAUUCGUCCAUUCAUUCAGGUCUACAGGUCCGAGCCCCUUAUUGAGGAGAAGCCAAAGACGGGUUUUCAAAAACUCAACAUCUUGUGGUCCUAG